AUGUCGAUAUCGUUCGACCGUGACUUGCACGUCAGCUAUUUCCUUAAAAAUCUGCAGUCGCUGCCUGCGGCGUACGCUCCUCAAGACUCGCAGCGUGUGGUUUUAUCUUUUUUCUGUAUUCAUGGACUUGCUGUGCUGGAGGAGCUUGAACGCGUAGACAAGCGCCAAAUUAUUGAGUGGGUUUAUGGUUUACAGGUGCCUCCAGACCAUCGUGACGCCAGUUUUAACGUUGGUGACUGUGGUUUUCGGGGUGGAACUUUUAUGGGCAAUAACUUUGCUUGUCCAGCGUCUCAAUACAAGAGCGACGUGUACGACUCGAGCAACAUUGCAUCGACCUUUGCGGCAUUGUGCAUCCUUCGGACGCUUGGAGAUGACCUCAGUCGGGUUAAUAAGGCGGCUAUCAUCGGAUCCUUGAAGAUUCUGCAAAACAUAGAAACAGGAUGCUUUUCGUCGACGAAAUCUGGUUCGGAACAGGACAUGCGCUUUGUCUAUUGUGCCUGCGCAAUCUCUUAUAUUCUAAAUGACUGGUCGGGUGUUGAUGUGGCAGCGAUGGUGCGCUUCAUAAACUCGUGUCUGAAUCACGACGGAGGCAUUGGGCUAAGCACUAGCGCCGAGUCGCAUGGUGGGGCUGCAUUCGUUGCCAUAGCGUCACUCGUAUUAUCUGGCCAAAUGGCUCAGCUCGAGUGUGAGCUGUCGGAGCUGGUGCGUUGGCUGGUAUUUCGACAACAAGGCGGCUUUCAAGGACGAUGCAACAAGAUUCCCGACUCCUGCUACGCUUUCUGGAAUGGUGCAACCCUUAGUCUCUUAGACAAAGAUUCAUUUGUGGAUAUACCAAGUUGCAAGAAAUUUAUCUACUCGUGUCAAUUCCGCUUCGGUGGAUUGUGUAAAUAUCCUGACGCAGUUCCGGAUGUCAUGCAUUCGUAUCUCAGCCUUGCGUGGCUCAGUGUCGCUCGGCACUCUACAACACUAGUGGAUGAUGAAAACGACCUUCCACACCUUGCUGCUCUGGACACAAAACUUCAAGUGCCAUUUUUUCCAACAAUCACAGAUACGAAAAACGAGAAAACGCAAAAACAUUAG